CAUGACCGGUCAUGGGCCUAGCACGAGUGAGCCGUCAACCGGCUUCCUUGUAUGUUCUCGAUAGACAUGCGUACGAUUCUCUUCUCGAUGAAACUUAUUCGCUACAUGUUCUUUUAGAAUAAUUUAGAAAAAAAUUUAAUUUAUAAAAUUUAAUAAUAAUUAAAUCAUGUAUUCUUCACAUUUGUUUAAUAUAGUUUUAUUAUGUUCAAUGCUCUCGGUCAUCUUCAUACCAAACAUUGGUGGUUCGGAAGAUGGCAAAAAAUCGAAGAGCGCCAGAGCGCUGGAGACACAAGACGCAGGAGGAGACGACGAUACGGACGGUUUGAACCAAAGAGAUAGGCUCGAGGACGAUGACGAGGAAACUACCAAAGUACCACCGGGAUUUCUGAGUCCGUCAGUGAGGGAAUACUUGGAACUAGGAAGGUCAAUUCCAGGCAAACCGGGCACGGACUACCCGGUGCUGGCCGUGGUGCCGUACACGGACUUCUAUUGCGACGACCAACCGUACCCGGGCUUCUUCGCGGACGUGGACACCAGGUGCCAAGCGUGGCACUAUUGCGACAUCGACGGCCGGCAAGCGUCGUUCCUGUGCCCGAACGGCACACAGUUCAGCCAGGCCGUGUUCGUGUGCGACUGGUGGUUCAACGUGAGGUGCGACCUCAGCAAGGAGCUGUACCACAUCAACGAGAGGCUGUACCGGACCACGCCGCGACCGGACAGGCCGCACAGGGUGCUCACCAAGGAGCUGCUCGACCAGAUAUUCCUCUGAUCGACCACUAUAUACGAUUUAUAUACAUGUCAUAAUUGUGUUUAACGUCUAUACAUACAUAUAAGUACAAGAUCUACGAUUUAAACUUUUUAAAUACGAUUGAACAAGACGACCGAGGCCGUUCGAUUGCUAAGUAUACCAGGAAGCUUCCAAAAUCAAACUUAAAUGUAACAUCGGUGUAUAAGACUGUUAAAUUCGUAAUUCCUCCCCCACUACCAUAAUAGUGGCGUCUUCUCUUUCUCACUCACACUCUCUCGCCGCGGUCUCUAUAUUAUAUAUUACUUUUUUUUUUUUAUGUAUAUUGUUGUUAUUUGAUCAUUGAACCGGCACAACAAUAUACUAUGGUCGACAUAUCAAGCUGCUUACAAAAAAAGCGCGUAAUUGUAAAAUUUGGUUUUAGCUAAAUUUUUGAAAUCUAUACAUAAUAAGUAGAUACUGAAAAUCAAGUCAACUUUAGAAAGUGACCAUGACGCCUGCGGCUCAUACUGAAACCUGUCAACAAAACGUCCACCGCCACCGCUAACAUAUAUUAUAUUAAUAUAACAUCGACUACUAGUCGACAAGACCUUUGCACCUACAUUUGCUCGUAUAUGCUCACGGCGAUAUGAUUUUUACAACCUGCGAACGUCACACGACUAAAACCGAAUACAAUUUAAUUUGCACAUUUAACGCCUGUAAUACGCUAUAAUAUAAUAUUACACACCGCGGCAAGUGACCUUAUAUAUCGUGACGACAACCGCCCACCAAGCGUACCUCGGUUGACAUCUCGACCGGGGGGUCCGCGGCAUUCAUAUCGCCUGAAAACAUCCUGAUACGAUAUUAUAUUCCAUAGGUUCACGAAAUAUUACACCGCGACCGAGUUAAAACUGUUUGGCCGUCGAAAGUUAUAUAUUACCAAAUUAUACAAUAAAUCGGUCUGGAGCAGUUAUACAUAGUGGUUAUUAGUUAUUAUAUAUAUUAUUCGAUUUCGACACUGCAUUACAUAUACAUAGCAUAUAAAUACUCCUAUAUUCGCGAUAAUCUUUUCAACAAAAUAAUAUUAUGAUCACAAAAAAAUUACGAUACGUGCGGUACAUAAUAGAAUAUUAUUAUACGCUCGUCAAAGAGAAUAAUCGUUUCAUCUCAGGACGGUGUAUAUGGACACACCACACAUUAGUGCUGUAUGUAAAUCGGACGCUCGCUCACACCGCGUUUGCAUCAUUCGUUGUGUACAAAACGCGUACUUCCAUCUAUUAUACUAUUGUCUAAAGGUCACUGCUUGUAAAUAUAUUUUUUUUGUUCGCUACAGAAACUACAUGUGUAAAUAAUAUAAUAUAUUAUCGUCAUACUUUAAAGCUAAUAAUGAUUUCCGAGAUGAUUGCAUUUGAUUCGUUACCAUAUAAAUCUAUAUUCUUAUAUACCCACUUAACAUAUUAGGUAUGUAUGGACGUUAUACACACGUUAUGUUCGCGAUUGUUAUGCGAAUAAAGGUCGAUGACUAUAUUAUAAUUUAUAACCUGUCAUAUACAUAUACAUUUUAAAAUUUCUAUUAUCUAAUAGGCAAAUCGCCUUUCUAAAUAGGUGACAUAUUUUUUCUUUAUAUAACUUAUUUUUUACGCCAUUUUAUACAUAUACCAUAUUAUAUUUAUUAUUAUUUAAGAUAAUUUAAGUACUAAAUUAAUAAUUUAAACGAGGAAUCCACCGAAUACCUACUGUACUUUAAUACUAAAUGUCAAUAUAUUUUUUUUUGUUUAUAAAUAGGUAUGUUAUAAUAUUAUAACUAACAUAAUAAUAUAAUCAUACAUAUUUCAUAAAAGGUAAAACGAUAAAAUUUAUGAAAUUAUUUUAUUUUGUUAUUUAAAAUUAUAGAUAUUAAAAAAAAAAUUAUAGUUGAACAAUUUAUUGAUAAAUAAUAUAUGAAUCAAAACCGAACAGCUAAAAUAGAUUAUUAACAUGUUUUAAGUCUAUACGUUGAUUCAAAUUAUACCAAAAUGUAUCAUAACAACUAUAUAGCUCCUAGAACAUCACUUCUAAAUUCAUACGAUUUUAGUGCAAUUAACCAAGUACCUAGUUGUAUUAUUAUAUUAUAAUAUCACAUAUUGAAGAUAGUACAUUAUUGAUUAUUCAAUGCAACUAGGUACUUAUAGUAUAUGUGUUAAACAAACAAACAACAUACUAAUUAUUCAAUUAUUUAUUUAACACUUAUAUAAUUACUUUAUUUGAAAUUGCACAAUUCAACAAACUCGCCACGAAUUGUACACCUAGUAUAUACGCUCAAAUAACUAAAACAUAUGGUUAUUAAUUUGUAAUCGUAUAUUUUCUGUUAAAUGAUUUAUACAAUUUAGAAAUAUAACUAUUGAUAAUAGUAAAAUAUUUAAGAAUUUUGAUUGUUAAGCACACUAUACAUAUUUUUAGACUAUUAAAAAGACAUUGUCGGGAUAAUUAAAAUACUCUUAAGAUAGGUUAGGUUAGAUAGAAAGAUAAUUUUUUAUUUUUACUAAGAAAUAACAGAUAAAUUUAUUUAUAUGUUUUUGUAAAGUAUAUGAAGUUAUUGAUUAUUAUUUUUUUUUAAUAUUAUUAAGUUAAACCAAACAAAUAGUAUUAAGUGUUAUAUAUUUAAAUAUUAAAAAUUUUCAACGAUGAAUUCCAUUAAUAUAGAUACAUAAUAUAAUUCUAAAGUUUAAUAAGUUAAUUGUAUUUAAAUCGGAAAUAGGUAUAUUUUUCAAAAAAAAAAAGUAACUAUUAGAUAAUUUUUUAUUAAUAUAGGUACUUAUACACUAAACAAACAGUUGCAAACAAUUAUCCAGCUUAUUAAACGAUAAUACUUUCCAUAUUUAAAAUAUCUUAUUUUACAUUUACACAUUUUCGAUUAGGUCAACCUCAACAUAAUAUGUACAUUGUACAAUGGCGGUUUAAGAGUUUAAGAUAAAUAAUAAUGUAUUUAAUGAUAGAACUAAUAAAUUUUAUCCUAUAGAAACAGAAUGGAGUUUUCUAUGUUCACAUAUUGUCAAAAGCAAGUAAAAAUGUAAAAUAUAACGAGAAGUUUGUUAUUUUUGGUGAAUUUAUGUUAUUAAUUUUGCUUAAUUAAAUGUAAUCGAUUAUUCA